AUGUCUCCAGGGAUAGCCAUCGCAGAUAUGGAAGAGGGGUCUGGCUGGAAGAUAGUGGCAGGACGAGACAUGCUCCCAGAGGAACUCUUGCUUUCAGUCCCGAAAACGAGUAUACUCUCCGUUAAAACCACAUCCUUGUCUGUGCAAGCGAUGCAAUUGAUUGAAGCCGCCACACCUCAUCCAAUUCUGGUUUUGUCUUUUUGUCUUCUCCACGAAUUAAGAAUGGGAGCGCAGUCUGAAUUCUAUGGCUAUCUGCAGAGUCUUCCCCGGGAUAUGGCUUCUGCGCUGCCUGUCUUUUGGUCUCUCGACGGCCCAAAUUCAGACGGCCAGCGAGCACUGCCAUGGCUCCAGGGAACAGAGGCUGCGCGGGAGAUGGUUACCAAGGGCCAGUCUGGUCUGGGCAUGGCGGAUAUGGAAUCGCUAUAUGCUUCUUUGGCCCACCACAUCCCCCCGACGCCAAACCACCCCAAUGCCUCUCCGUUCACCUCUUUCGCACACGCCUACUCGCUUGCCUCUUCCCGAGCCUUCCUCGUGGAUGACUAUCACCGAGUCGCAAUGUGUCCCAUGGCAGACGUCCUCAACCACUCUUCCGACCCCCACACAUGUCUAGCGUCAGAUGACUUUGUAUGCCCCUCUUGUGGCUCACUCAAACCAUGCUCGCAUGACGCCCCUUCUCAGAAAGCGGGUGUACCCGGCAGGUUGGCGCACCUUGCUUUGAGGGAAAGAACCCAGUUAGAAGACGAGGUCGAUUGCGUCGAGAUGAGAUUGGAGAAGCAUCUGGAUGAGGGGGAGGAAGUGUUCAACACGUAUGGGGCCGCGGGGGACGGAAAGCUUCUUGUAGAGUGGGGGUUUGUGGCGGGAGAGUUUGCAGACCCGGGAUUGACUUGGACUUUUGAGGAGCUCGCGGAAUUGUCCGCAACAGGUAUGGGUGACUACCUCGAGAUGUGCGCAGAGAUCUCUCGACUUGAUUCUCGCUUUCCGGACCUCGACGACGAGGACAGGUUGCUAUGCUCGCAAGUGUCCAGGAGACCCGACAUGUGCAAUCUAGACCAGUCAGGCCGCUUGUCCAUCAACAUCUUUGGCAUCCUGUGGCUGCAACAAUCACGUAUUGAAGGAUCACCAAUCUCCUCUCAAAUCAAGGACACGUUUGUAGCAGAUAUUACGAUUCUUGAGCGCUCGUGGUCGGCAUUGGCACAAGUCACUCCACUUAAAAAAAUACCCGCAAAGGUUGUUUCGGUAGCCAACGCAGUGUACCAACUCUUGACCAAGAGGCUGUCGGGUAUGCAUUGCCCUGAUGCAUCCUUGGAGGAGCUUUUCGAUCUUCGGGAUAAUCUCGACAAGGAAAAUGAUCGACGCCAGAUACUCGCCAUAACCCUUGCAGCAAAUGAGAAGAGUUUGCUCUUGAUGACGAUUGGAAGAUGGCGCGAGUGGAUCAACGCAUACACUUCUGACGUUAUAUAG